AGCCCAGACCCCACAAAACCAUGGCUGAACCUGCUGCCCGGAGCCCUGUGAAGCUGAUGGCCCUGCAGCUACUGCUGUGGCACAGUGCAUGCUGGACGGGACAAGAGGCUGCGCCCCUAGACCCCGCCAGUACCCUGCCCCUGCCCCAGAGCUUUGUGCUCAAGUGCUCAGAGCAAGUGAGGAAGAUCCAGGCCGAAGGCUCGGUGCUACAGGAGAAACUGUGUGCCACCUACCAGCUGUGCCAUCCUGAGGAACUGGCACUGCUCGGCCACUCUCUGGGCAUUCCUCAGGCUCCCCUAAGCAGCUGCUCCAGCCAGGCCCUGCAGCUGACAGGCUGCCUGAACCAACUCCAGAGUGGCCUCUUCCUCUACCAGGGCCUCUUACAGGCCCUGGCAGGGAUAUCCCCUGAGUUAUCUCCCACCGUGGACAUGCUACAGCUGGAUGUUGCCAACUUUGCCACCACUGUCUGGCAGCAGAUGGAAGACUUGGAGGUGGCCCCUGCCGUGCAGCCCACCCAGGGCACCAUGCCAGCCUUCACCUCUGCCUUCCAGCGCCGGGCAGGAGGUGUCCUGGUUGCUUCCCACCUGCAGAGGUUCCUGGAACUGGUGUACCGUGUUCUGCGCCACCUUGCUGAGCCCUGAGCAGAGCCCUCCCCAUCCAGUGUAUUUAUCUCUAUUUAAUAUUUAUGCUUAUUUAAGCUUAUUUAAGACAGGGAAGAGAGAACAGAGCCCCAGAAUUCUGUGUCCUUCCCUUCAAUUCUGAGCUUCAUUCUCCUGCCUGUAGGAGUGAGGAAAGUCUCCUGUCCUCCUGUACCCUGGAAUGGGAGGUAGAUAGGUAAAUACCAAGUAUUUAUUCCUGAAGCUGCUUCCUAGCCCUGGCUCUGUGGUGGGCACUAAGAAGAGCCACAGACACCCUGAGGUAUCUACCUUGGGGACCUGGGAAGCAUCAUCUCCUAUGUGGGAGACAAGCCAUCCCUGUUUAAUAUUUAAACAGCAGUGGAUCCUGUAUCCCUUGUUCUGGUCAGCCAGGUCCUGCGUCCCCUCACAUCCCCAUCCCCAUAGGCAUUAUUAAAUCCCUGGAGAAACAGAGGCAGAUGGGACUAGAAGUCUUGGCCCUGAAGAGUCUAAUUUUUUUCUGUGAUUUUUGGGGGCAUGUUUUGAUUCCCAGCACAGGGAGCUCAGGCAUCAGUGUCCUCUUUUCUUGCCCCUGCCCAACCAGGGUGGGAUUCCCCUUUAGGGCUGGACUGGGAUUAAGAAUGUGGAAGGGAGAAGACAAGAGGGGUAUGGUGAGGGGAGUGUGGUGUGAAAGGAAGCCCAACUGCUCACCCGCCACCCUGCCCCCACUCUUCAUUGUAAC